UGUUAGAUUCCUAAACCUGUACAUAGGGGAUUUCUGUGCAUGCCUGCGAUUUGAUUGUGAUACAUGGUUUGGCCUGCACAUAUGUAACCAUGCCUAAGCGUGAAAAGAUGCAAGCGUACCCUGUAGCCAAGGCAGUUCGUGUUGUUGAACCACGCAGGUUCCUGAGUGAAGAUUUGAGUCUCAUGAACCAGGCAGAGAGCCUUCCAACCUUACCAUAUAGGAGCGUGAGUUACUCUCCGAGCCGACGAGUCGACAUGCAGAGAUCACAGAGUGCCACUGAACGAGCGAAAAACUAUGUGAAGACUGGGACGGCUGAGUUCUUCGGGGUGCGUGCGGAUGUCGAUCCACUGGCCAAGUACUACCAGAGACGGCUGCGGCUGGCAUCAAAACGAUGUGGUCCAUUGAAGCCAGAGUGCAUGAGUGAGGAACGGCUUCAACAGGUGGAUCUCGCUCGCUCGAUGCCGCAGAUCCACGAUCCGUUGGCGCGACCUCAGGGUGCCAUGAGGGGAGACUCCGUUGAUACAAGCACUGCAUCCACGAGAAAGGGCCUCUAUAGGUUUCCGUCGCAGAGCACUGCAAGAAAGCGCAAAGACUCUGUCGCUAAGAUGACGUUUGUCGGAUUAGCUACGAUGGCGAGGUCAGCAUCCCGGAUGAGGCGUGGCACGGAGAAGCACAAGAAACCACCGCAGUACAUCCGAAGUCGCAGCUUCGCUCCGGCUAGCGUGACCGAAGACGUAGACUUCAGCGUUCCACCGACUCCAGCCACGGCUCCUCAGUUUGAGCAUAUGGAGGUACCUUUCUCUCUCAGUGCACCGCUCACUCCCGCCAUCGAUUACGACUCUAGCAGCCUUGUCGACGACGUUUUCUUCGACGUUGCGACGCCAAGUCCGACAGUUGCGGCCGCCAUGCGUUUCCCGACGUUUCCGAAACCACGCUUAUCCGAUCUGCCAGAAGAGGGCGGUAUUCCGGUUGUCCUGCCAGCGCCCGUCCCCGUUUCCUCCAGAUUAUAUCCAGAUAUUCCGGAAGUGGAAUACAAACCGGAACCGAUCUGGAGGCGUAGGGAUGAGCCUGAUAGCAGUAGGGAGAGAACUUGGCGAAGAAGGGCACCAGAGGUCGCUGCUCCCAUGGCGGUCCCGCGGGCAGUUCCAAUGGCGACAGAGCCAUCUGUCGGACUUCAGCGAAUCUGGGACAAGGUUCUUGACAAGGCGUUGGAUAACUCGGACCGACGCCAGCUGGGGGUGGGCAUGCUCGGUCGCUUCCUCAACAGGAAGGUACGGCGAGACCGCAUCAACUCGGACGUUAAGAAGCAGCUGGAGGACUUCAGCGAUCAUAGGCCGUACUUCACGUACUGGGUGACAGUGGUACAAAUAGUUGUUUGCAUUGUGUCAAUAGCUGUGUAUGGACUGGCACCAGUAGGCUUCUCACAAACACAGAAGGAGAGCCUGGUGUUUAAACCAUCACUUGCAUUCGAGCCAGUAGGCUACUUGGAGCCAGAUAAUCUCUGGAUAGGACCGAAAUCUGCGGACCUUAUACAUCUGGGUGCGAAGUAUUCGCCAUGUAUGCGCAAAGACAAGCCGACGUGGGAUGUCAUAUACGCGGAGCGCGCAAUCGAGAGAGGAUCUGCCUGCUGCAUUCGCAACGACGGUAGCGGCUGCAUACAGUCAACGAGGAGUGAAUGCAACGAUGUCUUUUCAAUAUGGUACACUUGGGAGAAUGGGGCAGGCCCUGGUGGACGCAGCAGUGGCUCCGUCUGUGGGCAGGAUCCACGGCAUUGCGAGAGUCCAGCAUCUGCCGGAGCUCACGCCUGGAAGGAUGAUAUCACUGCUUGGCCGAUUUGCAAAAAAGUGGUGAAGCCGGAGGGAACAACCAAGGGUUUAGAACACAUGUCGUGUGAUCCCAUCGGGCGGCCAUGUUGCAUCGGCAUCAAGGGCAGCUGUAUUAUAACGACUCGCCCUUACUGUGAUUUCGUCAACGGAUAUUUUCAUGAAGAGGCAACGCUAUGCUCACAGGUUUCAUGUAUGGAUGAGGUCUGUGGCAUGAUAUCGUUUGCAAACCCAGACUACCCUGACCAAUUUUACAGGCUGUGGACGUCGAUAUUUCUGCAUGCAGGGGUCGUGCACUGUGUGCUGACAGUUAUUCUGCACAUAUUUCUCAUGAGAGAUCUCGAGAAGAUGGCUGGUCCAGUGCGUAUCGGCAUCAUAUACAUCAGCAGCGGCAUCGUCGGCAACAUGGCCAGUGCGAUAUUUCUCCCCGAUCGUGCAGAGGUGGGGCCGGCCGGAUCGCAGCUUGGUCUGCUCGGCAUGCUCUUCGUCGAAGUGUUUCAGAGCUGGCAGCUGCUGCUGCAUCCGUGGAUCGCCAUCCUCAAGCUGCUGCUCAUCUUCCUCGUGCUCAUCGUCAUCGGUCUCUUCCCGUGGGUCGACAACUAUGCGCACAUCUUCGGCUUUGCAUUCGGCCUGCUGCUGUCAUUCGCUCUGCUGCCCUACGUCACGUUCGGCGAGUUUGACAGGCGGCGCAAGAUAGCAACGGUCGUCGUGUCGCUGCUGCUCGCACUCGGACUCCUCGCUGCGCUCAUCGUGCUCUUCUAUGUCGUCCCGAUCUACGACUGCAAGGGCUGUGAGUACCUCAACUGCAUACCGUGGACGGACACGUUCUGUAAGAACUAUGAGAUCGUAAUCUCUAAAUCGUAAGCAGCUCGACAGGGUCAGCGAAGGUCAGGGCUUCAAUUCUUGUAAUCGCACCAUUAUUGAUGUUGGAUCGCAUUCUAUCACCAGAGGUAAAUUAAUAAGACGUUUGUUAAGGGGUUAUGAAUAGUAGUGUUAAAUGCAUCAUGCAUACAUGAUGCGUUAUAAUUGUACUCCUAAUGUCCCCCCUAUGUGUGGGUUUUCACGUAGUAAAACUCUAAGGUUCUGAUCAUGAUGUUUCAUGGUGAAAACUUUUACAGUACUUUCUUAGACUUUCUCAAAGUUUUGCAGGUUGUUCAACAUGCAAACAGUAUACUUCACUUAGUUUAUACUCGUACAGUAUGCGUGAAUGAAUUAACGAUCCUGGUUUCUAUUACAUAAACCUUGUCUUAGUUUUAGGAAAUUUUUGCCCAUUUGUCUUUUGCUAUAGAUUUAGAAACAGGUAUAAAAAGAUAUUACUGAUGUGCAUUUUCUGCAGAUAAGGUUUAUGUACAAAACAUUUCUCUUGCAAUAUUGAGUUAGCACAAUAGUCUCGACCUUGUAGCGGGUAUAUUUUUGGGGUAAUGAAAAGUGAGACAUAUUUUAUACUGUUUUCAGUUGAUGCAAAGACUCAUUCUAUUUCAUAAUAGUAAACAAUAUAUUUAUGUAGUACAGUUCCAGUUGAAUUAUAAGAAAAAUGUCUUUUUGAUCAUUAUGUACUUUUGAUUAUUUGUUGAAAUUACUCAGGUUCACAGUAUAAUAUUGUAUUUGGUACUAUGGUGGACAUAUGCAUAUUACCAAUCUGAGCGUAUUAAGAAGGAGCGCAUACAACGGUGAAAUGCUGAAACCAUGCUGCAGUAUUAGUCGAAUUAAUAAACUU